GAAAUCAAAGGAAAACUCAUUGCAAGUGAAUUGUUGGCGCCCGUCAUCCACACAAUCAAUAAGAUUUUGUGCAAAACAGAGGAAUCGGAAUUGAGUUUAGAUAUGGAGUCAAUGAGUGCGGCACACAAUUCACACGAUUCCUAUGGCUAUCAGUUUGAGACAAUACCCACACAGUAUAGCCAUAAUCCAAACUAUCCAUAUCUGGACGUCUAUCCAAACAUUUACCAUCCAUACGAUCCGAUCACCGGUGAAUAUAUUAAGCCAUUACAGCCAUUGCAUCCAUCGAAACGGUUCAAGAAUCGGUCCCAAACAGUGGUCACGGCUUCGGGCGCCCACUAUAACGACACCGAUAGUGAGACGUUGCUGUGCUGUGACUGGUGUGCGCUAAACAUACCGGUCAAUUGUCUGACAGUGUCUCUCAUCACAAACAUUGUGCUAAUAGUGUUGUUCACAAUAAUUAAGUACUACUUUAUUGACCCGAAGGCCACCUCUAAGAACACCAGUGCUCUCAUCGAAGAGAUUAUUCUCAUACUAUUGUUUUCCGGAGUCGUUAUAUUGAUUGCUAUAUUCAUCCGCUAUAGAGCCAAAAAUGAAUGCAAUGAACACAGAAUUAGUGACAGAAGUUGUGACGAGAGUAAAGGAUUGGAUGUCAGAAGCCAGUGGUUCGUCAAUUGCAACGAUAAGGAUGUGCUGACACUUAUCAGCAAAUGGUUUCGUUUCAAACACGGAAUCAUAGCCUCCGCCGAAGUGACAGAAAUGGUUAGAAGAAUGGAAUCGUUGCCGAAGAAGUUGACGCUAAGAGAGUAUUUGGACCUCAAGUUUGAUCACCUAUUGAUAGGUCCGUGGCUUUUGCUGGUAGAGUAUAGCGUUGGUGCCGUUCUCUCGGAUCAAGUGUUACACCAAGAGUUGUAUAAGAGAUUCGUGCAAAAUUGGGCCGACUAUUGCAUUUUAAGCAGAGAUUUAAAGAAUGAUAUGAAGGAAUGCAUCGACAGAAUCAUAUCGAGUGGUAUUGAUUUGCCCGACAGUUAUCUCAAUGCUAUGAAAGAUUUUAUUUAUGGAUUUACAAAGUCAGUUAAA